GUUGGUUUUUAUUACGCUCCUUUUAUAGAUAUUAGGAUACAGUCCAGAGCCCUCCUCCACUGAGUAAUGUUUAGACGUCUGUACUGAGGCGCUCUGCUCAGUAUUAGCCUGCACAAUGCCACGGGAGAGAAAAUACUCGUAAAAUGUGAAGUCUGUGUUUAAUUUCCUACCCACAACCAUGAAGGAAGACUCUGACGUACUUCCACGGGACCGGAGCCGUUUUGCAAGAUGAGAAUUCACUGCAAGAUUGUAGCGAUCAUUCUCUGUUUUGGAGUUUUGUUACUUUUGUAUCAUUUUGUAAGUAAUGCUGCGGAUGAGCCGCCUUUGAAACAAGUUGCAAAGGAAAACUAUGUGCAAACUUCCUCUGGUUUGGGAAACAUUGUUUCUGUUGAGUUAGCACAAAAACCUCGUCCGGUGGCUCAAGUUUCACAAAAACAGCCACGUCUGAACAGAAAAUCAAGUAAACUACCAAACAGAAGAGGGAGUAAUCAUGCAAACCCAAGGAGACUCGGUGAACCAAAGCCUCCCCGUAAGCCAGUUUCUGAGGAAUGGAUGCACUUGGCCGUGGUGGCCUGUGGGGAUCGUGUGGACGAGACACUGACCAUGCUGAAAUCUGCUCUUCUCUUCAGCAUCAAGAAGAUCAAAUUUCACAUCUUUGCUGAGGAUUCCCUAAAGCCACAGUUUGAAAAGGGGCUGAACAAGUGGCCUCAUCCAUUUACAUUAAAGUUUCAGUACAGCAUCUACUCAAUCACGUUUUCAGUGGGGAAUGCCCAGGAAUGGAAAAAAUUAUUCAAGCCUUGUGCAGCACAGCGACUCUUUCUUCCGGUGAUCCUGAAGGAGGUGGACUCUCUGCUGUAUGUGGACACUGACGUUCUCUUCCUCAGACCGAUGGAUGACAUUUGGAGCUUUCUCAAAGAGUUCAAUACAACUCAGCUAGCAGCAAUGGCACCCGAACAUGAAAUACCAAAGAUUGGUUGGUAUAGUCGAUUCGCACGUCAUCCUUUUCAUGGAAAGACAGGGGUGAAUUCGGGGGUGAUGCUGAUGAAUCUCACUCGGAUAAGAAACACCCUGUUUAAGAAUAGCAUGAUCCCGAGUGGGCUGGCCUGGGAGGAUCUCCUGCACCCUCUGUAUCAAAAGUACAAGAAUCAUAUCACCUGGGGAGACCAGGACUUGUUGAAUAUCAUAUUCCAUUAUAAUCCAGAGUGCCUUUAUUCAUUCCCCUGUCAGUGGAACUACAGACCAGACCACUGUAUGUACGGAAGUAACUGCCCUGGGGCAGAGGAGGAAGGAGUGUCCAUUCUCCAUGGAAACCGUGGGGUUUACCAUGACGACAAACAGCCAGCCUUUAAAGCUGUGUAUGAGGCAAUACAUGAUUAUCCUUUUGAAGAUAACUUGUUCCAGUCGAUGUUCUAUCCUCUCCAAACAAAGUUUCUGGAAACUGUGAAUACAUUGUGUGGUCGGAUUCCACAGGUGUUUCUGAAACAGGUUGAGAAGACAAUGAGGAAAGUCUACGAGCAACGUGUAAUUGUCCACCUGAAACACCCUCCGAACUGAAAGGACUUUCCAGACUUUUCUACACAAACGGCAAGCAAAUGCAAAGGCAUGUUGUUUUCAAAGCCUGCAAACAAACACGCCUGCUUAAGCUCAGAAUGGAACCACUUAGUCCUCACUCUCCCAGAGAGGAACUCAAAUGGAGUGCAACAUGAAGAAGCCGAAAAAACAGAUUUUGUCCGCCCUUUUGCACAAAAUCAGUAUAUAUAUUUUUUUUGUAUGAGUCGUACAACACAUUGAUUAUAUUUUCAGGAGAUGGUGCCAAGGCAAGGUAAUAUAAGCAACACUUUCAGCAUUUUAUAGACCUGAAAAGGUAUUUCAAAGCAGUCCAUCUUAACAGCACUGGGAAUGCUACUGUACGGGCCUUUAGAGCUUUACCACAGGUGUACAGAGAAUGGUGUAAGCUACACAGUUAGUUCAUAAGACUGACAAACAAGUGUUUUAUUAAAUAAAUACAUUGAUUAUUCUUUGCAGUUGAGCUACACUGCCAGAUUUGGUAAUAGAGCACAAUAGUGUAACUGUAGAGUGUAAAUUUGCUAAUAACUCAAUAGGUUAACUGUCUCUAAUGUACACUUGAGAAUUCAUCUCAUUACAUCAUCUUUAAAAAUGGAAGCUUUUUGUAUUCCAUUACUGGUAAUAUUGACAGAUCUUGCUUUGGCAAACAGUGCAACACUUUGGUGCAUGUAUUUCAUGAAAGAACAAGGAAUACCUCUGGAAUUUGAUGUAAUAGUAAUUACAUAGUGAAGCUGCCACCUGUUGCAUGAAACUAUUGAGUCUCUGUUCUCAAAACACCAAAAAAAAAACACAUACAAGAAGCCCAUCGUAUACAAUUGUAAGAUCUGCUUCAACUGGUGCUAAAUUUUAAGUGAUAGAGGAGAUGCAUAAUUCAUAACUAAUACAUAUGGUGCCAUUACUAGAGUAUACCUAUUUUGGGGGGUGUGGGAUAAAACUGGCAACAUUCUGUAGCUACUUUAAUACUAGCCGUGUGCAUUUCAAAAAUGUUUGAAAUACUAUGCUUAGGAAUUGUUAUAUUUUCCAAAUUACUUUGUUCAGACAGAAAAUCGUAUUUAACCUACUGGUAGCUGUUGUGUUCAAAUAGCUCGCUUUUAGUCUUUGCGAAAUGUGUGCAUUUAAAUGAAGAAAUUUGCAGAAUAAUUUAAAAUAUUCUACUUUGGCAGGAAUACAUGGUCAGACCCAGUGGAAAACCAAUAGUUAAUAAAUAACGCCUUGUUUCCCACUACACUGUGACAUUUUCACACUCUCAAAACCAUGCCACAUUGUUUCCACAACAUUUUUUUAAAUUACGUGCUAUGAUAGUAUUGCGCUUUGCCGGCCUGAUACUGUCACAGUGGAGUGACAACACAAGGCCGUCACAGUGUUGUGGAAACAAAGACAUUUCAAACAAGGCCCCAGUAUUCCAUCUAAAACUUUGUUUAAUGUGGACUCUUAAAAGUGUUUUAGCUAGAACAAAUUAGAUUGUAUCUUUAAGCUGCUUUGGUAAAAAUGUCUGUUAACAAAAAGCUUCCCUGGUUUUGAAAUGGAUAUUUUAGUAACACAUGUAAAUAUUGUGUGAUAUUUGUUUACACUUAGGAGUGCUCUUAUUAUUGAUAUACAACCACAAUUGGUGUUGUUCAGAGAGAUCACUGUCCUGGACAAACUAAAAUACUGCAGGCUGUUUGUUGUCCCUCUCAGUCAAUCAAUUUGCACAAUUUUAGAAACAUUUCAGUGUGUCUUACUGCAUUUUGCCAUCUUCUCAGAAGCACUAGGCAGGCAUCUUGCAGCUCAGUUGAUGCCUAUUACCCACCCAGCAUGUCCUGGACCAGAUCAGCGGUGUUUAUUAAUGUCUAGUGACACCAUCACAUAUAUUUAGGCUUGCUACUUUUCAAUUUUAAAUCGAAGUUCAAUCAAAAUAAAUUUACAUAGGAUAAAUAUUGGUAAAACAACUCCCUAUGUUUUUAUUUUCUUACAAAAAAUAAUAAUUUUGAAAUUCUCUAGUUUGUGUAGUUUUUACACUUAUUGUCUGUCCCGUCUCCAUUCCACUGUGAGUGGCUAGUAGUCGCUGUUGGUCAUCUGAGUGGUUCCUUAGUACUGUAGUUUGACUGUUAGUCAUUUCACUCUGGUGCGACAGAUCUUGUUGUCUGAACCAGCACUAGAAUUUGCAUUCAUUUAGUUGACUUUCAAAAGACCUAUUACAUUUUUAUGAUAUAAAAAUGUGUACUUAUGCCUUAGAAUAAAACGUCUGUCUAAUACACUUUCAGAUGCUGCGUUUUCUAUGGCUUAUUUGGGCUGAUUUUUUAAAUUUGUGUGGGAUCUUUCUUUGUAUGGUGAUAUUCUGCGUUUAUGUUGUACCAACCGUUUUUCAAUUGGAAUGUUAUCCAGUUCCUAGGUAACCAUGACUUUGUUGCAUGUUGAAUAUGAAAGGGGGUUUCGCAAAAUGAGACUUGUACGUUUCUCAAUGGAAUAAAAAGUAUUAUUGAAAAAUAAAAUGAUAAAUUAUCUCAAAAAUAAACGUCGAUUUUAAUUGUCGAUUUGGCAGAACUAAACUUUGAAUAGUAGCAGGUCUACAUAUAGCCCAUAGAUGAACAGCCACUUUAAUCAAAUUACAAGAGAGACCGAAUUCUCUUUUAUUACAUUUUCUUGAUAAGUUCAGGCAAAACUUUCAGACCAGAUUAUAGGUUGAUCCAAUUAAAGACCAAUUUAGUUUUCAGUGUGCUCUAAUAUUCAUUUUGCUGGUUCUCAGCAAGAGUGUGUUUCAUAAAGCAUGUACCACAAGCACUUAUAUGUGAAACUCGCAUAAUAGGACUUAAAAGCCUGAAAGAAAUGAAAUAAUUUGGUAUUUGAAAACCAUUACGGCUGACACCAGUAUAUCUAUAUUCAUAUGAUGCAUACUAAGCAGCUGGAACCUUUAUUACUAUUUUAUUCAUGCAUCAUUAAAUAUUUUCAUCAAAUGGUCUGUGGGUCAUGAUAAAGACAUUUCUGCUAUACAAUUUGUGGCAGCAGCAUUGCAGCCUUAUCAAAGGAAAACUUAUGUUCUGUAAAAAUACAGUUGCUGUCCUGACUGUCAUACAGCUUUAAACCGGAUUCAGGCAUUAGUUCAUUUAUAUUUGUGCAGUAAAAUCUCUGAUCUUAAACAAUUUUAGGACAUCAGUGAUCACAAUUAUUGUUAGAUGUUAUGAUUAGGGAUAUAGGGGUAUGCAUACUUACAGCGCCUUGCACAUUAGUAAGAAGCUAUUACUGGAUUGUUUCUUUAAUGCUGGUUUGCGAUGUGUUUGCAAAAUAUAUAUUCAUUUCUUACUGCAUUACUUAAUAUUAUGAUUUAUUUCCAGUGAACGUCAUAUACAUUUUUUAAAAAAAAAAAAAGCUUUACAGGAUUACCUUAAACACCCAUGUUGAAAAUAUCAUCUCUGUGAUUCCUGUAAAAUGUGUAACUUAACAAAAGAAAGACUGUGAUUCCCUUUUUGUGCCACUUAUGCUCCAAAGCUGUGACAGAGUUUGAAGAUGUUGUUAUUAGUGAUAAGUAAUAUUGUCCCCACAGCUAAAGCUACAUUGGUAAAAUGUAAACAAACUGGACUGUCAGCAGCUUGGCUUUCUGCUAGGUGCUGGGCAUAAUAAAAUACAGGAUUCAGGGCGACUUAGAACACAUCUCCGAGUAUCACUUAAUGUUUGGAGCAGUGUUUGUAAGAAUAAAGAAUAUGAACAUCUCUAAUGGACAUCAAAAUAUGCCAAGAAGUAGUUAUUGUGUAUUAAAAAAAAACACUGUUGAAGGAUUAAUUUAAAAUAAAUCUAUAUAACAUGUAUGAAAUAGCCUGAAGCACAUAGUGUUAAGAAUGUUGAAUAACUAAUACUAUGUAGUUCGUUUGUUCUCCUGCCUAAAAUGAGUAUAUUUAUGCUGCCGUAUAGUGUUGUGAUUUUUUAUAUGUACAUACAUCCCAUAAUGUUGUGAUUUAAAUGCAGUAUUGCUUGUCGUGAAUUCUAACUGGAAAUGUACACAAAAAGGCUAGGUUUUAUAUUCUUGUGUAUUUUGUAUUUUUUUUUUUUUUAAAUGUGAAAUGUGCACAAAACAUUUACAUCUCCAAAGGAGAACAAACUUAAACUUAUUGUCAGUUUUACUUUUGUUAAAACAUUUUUUUUUGUGAAAGCUUUUGUAAUAAAUAUGCAUGUCAAGUGUUUUUAAAUA